ACAGUUGACAUGUUGCCUUUCUUUCAUGGCGCAAGAUGUAUUUAGCAAAAUGGCUGAGGAACAGUGGAUUUUAAACGAAGAUGGAUAUUUAAAUGUGGAUACAGAUGUGAAAGAAAUAAUUUACCAUCCUUACCUUAAUGUUAUUCUUAUAAGUACACACAGUGGAGUGGUGAAAGUGCUUGAUGUAAAUUCUGGUGUGAUUCUCCAAUCGAGUCAUCUCUCAGCCCAAAAUCUGACCCAGGUCAAGUGUAAGUACAUCCCUUCAUUGGACAGAGUGUUAUUUACUGAUGGGCAAGCCCUGGGUGUGAGAUCAGACUAUAAUGGUGUUUUACUCCUAGACAGUGUUCUCCAAAAGACAGUUAGUGAUAGCAAAGAGGAAGUGAAAUUAGAACUACCCCUCUCUGAGGCAAUCAUUCUAAAGGAAAGCUUGUUUGGUCAUGUUAGUGGCGUUGAUCAUAUAAUAAAUGAACUAACAGACGUCAUUUCGAAUGCCCAGCAGCAUCAUAAAAAGGGUAUCAAGGCCCAAAAAAUCGCGCAAGAAUUAGAGUUAUAUGAAAUAAGCUGUGAGAACUGUGUCAAACACUAUAUUGGUCAAACUAAAAGAGAAAAACUCCCAAUUGAAAAGAAAAUCAAAUCGUUGUGCAUAGUAAGCGACGAAUUAUACAGUACAAAACCACCGCGCCCUACAGUUAUAUGUGGUGUACAUCUCACAUGCGAGUCUGAAAAGAGCCUCCAAAUAACUCCAGAUAUUAUAGAAAAGGAAAAAACAAACGACACAAAAAUAUACUUGGUCGUCUACGAUUUCAUGUAUAGCAAAGAACAGGAAGAGACUGAAAACGAAUUGAAUUUUGAAAAUACUUUCACGGCAUUCACUCCUGAAGAUAAAAUCGAGCAGGCAGAGACGGACGAGAAAAUCGCAAAUUUAUUCAGCAACGUGGAUACAAUCGAGUUGGAUUCUGAAGAGCUACCAGGAUAUAAUCUCAUGAAACAGCUGUCGUCUUUCUAUAAGACUCUUAUACCGGGCGAAAGCGAUGAAGUUUUUCUACCACCCUCUCUGGGCUCAAAGAAAUCACACACCGGUCCAAGACUGCUCAUGUUCGAUGAGAUUAAUAAUACCAAAACAGACUCUUCUUCCAGCAGCCAUCCCUUAACCAAUGGACAGCUGAGCAGUCUGGAGAGCGCUCUUAGUAUUUCUGAUCAUAUCGCAGAGGCCUAGACAGGUUAUGCGCAUCCACCAGGAAAGGUUCCCUGCACUUCUUUGCUCUUAACAACACCGACAACGAAUCCAGCGACGAUCACGAAGAGGACGACCUAUUCGGCAUGCCCGUAGACAACUCAAACACUUUAACGCAACAGCUUGACACGCUCGAUAAUGCAGAACUCGUCAAGUAUUUCCAAAAACCUCCGGACAUCAUCGCCUUACCGGACCUGAAGAACUUCAAGUCGCUAUGCGAGUUCGAGCCCCUGAAAUCCGGUUAUUGCGUAGUCGUGCCGCCGUGUUGGAGCGAAUUUCAGCAGUCUUUGCGGCAGCGUAGACAGCCACACUCGUCCAAAGGCGAAGGCGAGCAAAUAACCAAAACUUGGCGACUUUUGACUGACACGACGACUUGGGACGAGCACAUUUUCGAAAUCACGCUUCCAAACUCUACGUUGCUAGGCCACGUAGACGUGCACUUCACUCUGCAACCUAGCACGAGCUCGCCCAGAGUCGAAAUCACUCUCUUGAGGCAGAACAAAAGCGGCAUAGGACACAAGCGGGACGUCAGGUUCUCCGUGGACGAAACCGUAACCAUCGAUAUGCUGCAGUGGGUAGAAAACCCCGUGGUCUCGCAAGAGUAUCUGAGAGCCCACAAUGCUGAGAUACUCGCAGGCCCUAUAGACAUAUCCUCGCACCUAGAUCUCAGCGACCAGAGCGGCAUCGUGACCCUCACCAGCCCGAAAAUGUACAAAACCAAAGUCAGGAACUUGCUGUUGCAUGUCAGAGCCGUCAAUUCCAAGAAUGACGUCGGCACCAGCAAGACGAAAAAGAGCGAUAAGCCUUCUACCGAUACCGGCGAAAAGUCAGCAACGCCGAAGCGGAAGAACGACUUCUACAUGGGUUGCGACGUGAUCCACGAGCUGGGAGUUACCCUCCACACAUUGAAACAUUCUAACUCUGUAAGACACCAUAAUGGGAUAGCAGCCAUAAAUUUUGACAUAAAGAUAUCUAAGAAAUCUUUUUUGAACUUUUUCACAAAUCUGCGUUGGUCUCUCCCUGUGGUGACCANACAGUUGGAGUUUGUCAGUAUGAUGGAGGAGAACUUGACCAUGUUUUUGCAUCUAUGUGUGUUAUUGGGAGGGAGGAGCUUGGCGCACAAGUGCGUCAGGCUGAUAAUCACGUUUUGCAGUGGCGCCGAAAACAUAAGCAGCGCACGAGGGGAACGUUUCUCAUCGGCCGUUCUCACAUCGAUUUUCUCCAUACUAGACUACAUAAAUCAAAUAAAAUCGGCCGCAGGUUUGCAAUGGCUCUUCUGUCUUUUAUUGAAAGUGACUAGCAAGAACAAGGAGUCGCUGAUAGCCGCCAAGUGCACGUCCUUGCUCGGUAGGAUAUCCAAUGAACUAGUGAAUAGGUCAAAUCCCUAUCAUUUGUUGUUAAGAGGACGGUACGGCUUGUAUGGAACCCCUAUGGAGCCUGAGCUUUUCGACGUUGGACCUCCACCUUACCUCAAGAGCGAUAAUUCGGCAACGUAUAUCGUCACAUCGAAUUCUGGUAAUCAGGAGGUGACUACCGAACCUUCUUCGCCUCAUCCGAUCAAUGCCUCAAAUUUUUCUUAUAAUAAAGAGACUAUAAAUCCAAAAGAUGUCCUGUCGACAUCCACGACGAAGCUGAAAUAUAAGAAUAUAGCAUCACAUCGUAUACAAAGCUGGGGUCUCAUCGAAACGCAGCCGCUUCACUUCACUUGCAUAUCGGCCAGCGAGGGAACGAGAGUAGAACGGGCAGACGCGACUGCAAACUCCUCCUACCUAAACACUUUGCUGCCAAUCGCGUUCAGCGGAGGAGUUGCCGAGGCUUUAGGCGACAAGAAAGAGAACUUGGAGAAGUUUAUGACAAUACAAGUAGAGAAAUUGUUCAAGAGCAGUCAAAAGGCAAAACAGGGGAGCAGCACUUCUGUUCCCGUCAAUGAUCCUAACUACAACACGUGGAUCUGGGAUAUGUUACAAGACGGAGAUAUCGAAAAUGACAAUAAGCUAGAUUCGAUCUUCUGGCAAUUUUCGAAACAGGCAGCAGACGACAUAACUGUCAGUCCCGCUGUUAAGUCGUCCGUUCAACCUGAAGACAUCGUCCCCAUUACUAACGCGACCUGUAUAUUACCCUGGCAGCAGAUCCUCACCGUACCGCCCAAACAGGUCAUAGUGGUGGAAAGGAUGCAGUCUGGCACCAGACGUCAUGUCACUUUAGAUUUCGGAAAACCGAUUUUAUUAACAGACGUUUUUAUACCAUCGUGCUCUGAUUUGGUUACGGUGACAGUUGAUAUAUGGCUGAGGGGGGAUGAAUUGGACGAAACUAGGUUGGUGCUCGCGAUGGAUAUCGGCACCAGGAAUUUGUUGUUGACUGAUUUAGAACCGCCGCCUUUGUGUAGAUAUAUGAAGCCUUUUCUCGUGGCUGACAUGAGAAACGCUUUCCAUCUGGCCGCCUAUAUGAAUAUCCUGAAAGAUAAAAAUUUGAACGUCACAAACUCUGAACACUCCAAGAUUUUCGGAGCGUAUCAAGAAACCAUCAGGCAUCAGCACCAGUUGAAUAUCAUAAGAAAUGUCAUUGCCCGGAUAGAGGGUAGCAUAAGCGGUAGGGAGCAGCAGCAUAUACAGACCUCUGAGAUUUCCACUGACAAGUUGACCUCGAUAGCCGAGGGAUUACUAGAAGUGCUGUUGUCGAUAGAUGCAACGACUGAGAUAUCCAGGGAUAUGUGCCAGCAGUUUUUCCAGGGGCUUUGCAUGGCCCAACCUCCCAGGCUACAGUUGCUUGCCGCUAUUUUCUUGGAGAACCAUUGCGGCAGAUUGCCGUUUUGGGGAGAUUUCCUAGCAGACACCUUGGCCACGAAUUUCUCCACGUCUUGCACGUUGAAGUUCCCGCAAGAUCGCCUCUUCAUACUGCUUUCGUACCUAAGCAGGAAAUCUUCAGAGAGAAGCGCAAUCAUAGAUGCUUCCCUACGCGUGGUUCAUAAUACUUUACAACCCCUCGCAAACAAUCGAAAAUCACUGCUGUCUGCCUCGGUAGAUUUGCCCCUAUUGUCCUGGCAACUGAUGUAUCUGUCGCUGCAGUUGUCCCUGUGCAAGAGCCCCGCGAGUUCGGCAAACAGAUGGAACUGGGUUUUGGGCGAGAUGGUCAGCAACAAGAACAUCGACAGCUCGAAGGGUGCAGCCAGGAAGAAGAAUUGCAAGCGUCUCGCCCAGACGUGCAACAACUCCAUUCAGAAUUAUCAGACUUAUUCGAGCGUCGUGCUUAAUUCCGAUCCGCAGAAUUAUCAGCAGAAAUUGAAGAACAUAAUGGCGCAAGAUAAGCUGUCUAGGUUAAAGUACAUGAAGAAAAUGCACGAGGAAGGAAAGUUUGUAAAGGAAAGAAAGGAACAACCAGUCGAGAAGCCGGCGGUAACUUUGAAAAUGCCACAGUAUAUCGACAACGUACAUUGUUUGGCGGUAGCCAAGGGUUUGUUGCAGCUCAUUCUGUCCAUGGAUCAUUCGAGUAGCGCUGACAUGAUGUUGCUGUGCUUCAAAGUUGUUUCCAAACUGGUAACAUUGGCGAAACUCCAGUUGGGCCAACUUCUGAAAGAGAACCAACUACUGGAACUCAUCAAUUUCUGCAUCUCGUGCAAGAUUCCAUGGGCUCCUUUCGCCCUGUCUUGUUUUCUUCAAGACGCCAUGGAACUCACCCUUACCAAAUCAGAUGAUGUUGAAAUGGAGACUGAACCAUCCUCUUCGGCCGCCUGGCCACCCAAAAAUGUGACACAACCAGAGGUGGACAACACCAUCCACCAUUUCAAUAUUGACGAAGGACUCACGGAGCCGAUGAGCAAACCCCCAAAAACCGCUGGAUCCUCCAUCAUAAACAACAAUAACUUCCCGCCCCUUCCGUCAGUGUACGAGUCUGAGGACUCCGAUUUCGAGGAGAUGCUUGAGGACUUGCAGAAAGUGAGAUGUACCACCGCCAAAGGAAGCAAAACCACCUCCGGCUCAAAUUCAGGACUAUCCUGCGCCGUAGAUUCGAGGCUGGAGCUCGGCGUGCAGUCGAAUUCCGAAAUAACUUUGAAAAAAUUGGUCAUCAGGAACAGCCAGUUGCUGCUGCAGAACAUAACGGCCGAAGGUAGUCAGAAAGAAACCUCCCACGGCCUAGCCCCGUGGCCCACACCUUUGGAGGCUUUUUCUUCGGAGUCGUUGCUCAGCAACCAGAAAAUGUUAGCGUUCUGCUUCACUUCGCUGUUUGAGAACCUCCAGAACCAGGAACCUUCGAAAAUCGAGAGCAUCCUGCAGCUGUGGCUGACAUUGAACGCUACUAGCAAAAACGAGCAGUUCGUACCUGGUACGAUCCCGCAAAUACCGCUAGUAUACAGUUCCGUCAAUAAUCUGAUCAAUACCAUGGCUUGGACACCAGGAUUGUCGCUGAUGACUUGGUCGAGUGCCUUGCAAACGCUGACGUUGGUUUGCAACAUGAAUAACGGGAAAAAGUGGUUUGAUUUGUCUGGAAUGGCAAAUACGAUCGUGAAUCAUCCGGAUUUCGUUCAAAUGUUUCUCAGCCUGCUGUCGGGUACCGGGUCUGUUCUCAAUGGGAAAAUAAUGGCCGGACCCUCAUUAUGUAAAGCACUGCACGAUUUUUUGGUCAGAUUGCAAAUGAGAUGUGAUAUAGUAAGUCCUGUGAGCAAACUAGGCAAUAGCCUGAAGACGUCCCUCCUCAAAGUCAUUUACCAACUAGCUCAACCAUCUGGAGCAAUGGGUUCUAAACUGGGUCCACUGGACGCCCAGUGCAAACUACUGCUGACCAUGCUGUACCUAGAUUUCGUCAAUACCGACCUUAGCAUAGCUAUGAGUACCUUGGAAAGUACCGCUGCCUUGGUUCACAGCUACGUACUCGUUAAAGACAAUAUAAAAUGUGUGAGCAUGAUUGAGAGACAGGUUAUCACUGGGCCUUUCAGUGAUAUUUUUGCGAGUGUUCUCGGCUCAGAUUCCAUCAAACAAGACAGACCAGUCUCUUACGAGGAUUUAUUGAUACUAAUGUUGAAGCUUCUUGGAAAACUAGUGCAGACUCCUCUUCCCGACCAACAGGAAGCCAUGGACACUGAGUCGCCUGCCACCUCUCAGACAGAUGAAAGCAAAGCAGAACAAAUUCAGCAAGAAAAUUCUCAGAACUCUUCGACUCCUAUUCCAUGUUUCGCCGACGUAGUUCUCCAACACCACCCGACCUUCAUCAGAUUAUGUCGCUGUCUGGCGGCAUGUAAGUCAUCUUCACUUUGUAUGCUUCCUAAUGUUUCACAAAAGAUGGCGUUUUCGAACCUUGGCGAACCGUACACAGUGGGCGAUGCCAUUUUCCAUCUGUUGGCCCUGCUGGCUAAGAAGGCCUCGAACAAGGAGUUGUUGUUACAUCCCCUGUUGAUGUUUUUAUCACAAACGCCACAGCUGAGCGAACCGCUCUUGUGGUUCAUCUUGCAAGUCUUCGAUACAGAAGACAUGAUCAAAAGGUUUUUUAGCGCAGGUAUGGAACAUGACCAACAUACACCGUACAGGGUCAAAAUAAUCUUGGAAUGGCUGGAAAGUAAUGCAAACCGUGCCAUUUUGACGAACAGCACAGAUGGCUGUAAUCCAGCAUAUAUAUCUAGCAUAGCGUCGAUACUGUGGUCUGCGAAACAGUCCCAAGUCCAGUAUGAUCUGAAAUCUUUGGUGACAGUUGACAUAUUCAAUGCUAUCUUCAAUCUAAAAAUGGAGACAGAGUGCAGCAUCAGCCUCAGAUACUCUCUGGAUUCGUUGAUGUGUUCGUUGUGUUACAUCCGUCCGGAGUUUUUCCCGCUGCUUCUCCAAAAGAUCGGCGUUCUCGUUCCCAACGUUGGAACCGGACCGCAAGCUUCCAUAAGCGAUGACAGAAAAGAUUCGGAAAGCAUGACAGACGAUUCCAAGCAGGGCUUCGAGAUCAAUUCCGAGUGGUAUGGUCGCCUCGUGAUUGGAGACCUGUCCAGUUUGAGCCUGACCAGCGAGCAGCUGGAAAGUAUAGCACUCGUCAGUAGAUCUCCGUCAGCGGUGCAGCAACUUCUGGAUUCGGGUUUGCCGAAAUUGUUGAAUACCGCCAUUUUGGAGUUUUGCCGCUCGGAGAACAAAUCUUCAGUGCCGAUGUCGAAGCUGGAAAACAUUUCCAGCAUUUUGAAGUUCUUUACCGACGUCUGCGAUGAGAAGCUGAUGCGCGAUUGGUUGGGUUCAGAAGAUGGAUCUUCGUUUUGGCUGAACUUGCUCCAGUUACUUUGUAAGAAGCCUCCUAUGAAGACGUCAACUCUCCAGACCGAAGCUCAUGUCCAGUUGGAGGAAGUUUCAGCUCACGGUAUAUCCAGACUGGCUCCCGUAUGCCUGCCUCUUCCCACCAGCGGCCUAACCUACAUUCGCUUGCAACUCCCGUCCCCCAGGGUGGUCAACUGCAUCUUAAUCCGCCUAUACAAGCCCCGGGAUGCCAAUAACAUCGGUCUUCUUCAGAUUCGCGUGAUGGGCACUUACGCUUUCGGCGGUAGCCUCACCCAAUCCUCUGAAAACGACGACGAUUCACAUUGCAGGCACAGCCUAGGCUGGCUCCGACUCCUCAAUCACUGCUUCACGGUGGUGACCGAUCCGGACGUUCGUCGGCAGGUCGUGGAUGGCGCUUCCAAUGUGCCGGAACUUUUGACGACAUGCUGCGGGUUGCUUCUCGCUUCGUCCCACAUUUUGACUAGUUACUUGCCUUGCCUGGAGAACGUUUUGAGAGAAUUGACGUUGCAUAGCCCGGAAAAUGGAUUAUCGGCUAUUGGGGUGUUGCUGGAUAGUCGAUCUGGAGUUACUGAGCCUAUGAUGGCGGUUGACAACUGGCAAGAGAGGUCCAUUAACGUUUCUGGAUAUCAGUCGGCCUGCGAGUUGCUGUACAAGAUUUGCGACCACCAGGACCAACAUACACCGUACAGGGUCAAAAUAAUCUUGGAAUGGCUGGAAAGUAAUGCAAACCGUGCCAUUUUGACGAACAGCACAGAUGGCUGUAAUCCAGCAUAUAUAUCUAGCAUAGCGUCGAUACUGUGGUCUGCGAAACAGUCCCAAGUCCAGUAUGAUCUGAAAUCUUUGGUGACAGUUGACAUAUUCAAUGCUAUCUUCAAUCUAAAAAUGGAGACAGAGUGCAGCAUCAGCCUCAGAUACUCUCUGGAUUCGUUGAUGUGUUCGUUGUGUUACAUCCGUCCGGAGUUUUUCCCGUUGCUUCUCCAAAAGAUCGGCGUUCUCGUUCCCAACGUUGGAACCGGACCGCAAGCUUCCAUAAGCGAUGACAGAAAAGAUUCGGAAAGCAUGACAGACGAUUCCAAGCAGGGCUUCGAGAUCAAUUCCGAGUGGUAUGGUCGCCUCGUGAUUGGAGACCUGUCUAGUUUGAGCCUGACCAGCGAGCAGCUGGAAAGUAUAGCACUCGUCAGUAGAUCUCCGUCAGCGGUGCAGCAACUUCUGGAUUCGGGUUUGCCGAAAUUGUUGAAUACCGCCAUUUUGGAGUUUUGCCGCUCGGAGAACAAAUCUUCAGUGCCGAUGUCGAAGCUGGAGAACAUUUCCAGUAUUUUGAAGUUCUUCACCGACGUCUGCGAUGAGAAGCUGAUGCGCGAUUGGUUGGGUUCAGAAGAUGGAUCUUCGUUUUGGCUGAACUUGCUUCAGUUACUUUGUAAGAAGCCUCCUAUGAAGACGUCAACUCUCCAGACCGAAGCUCAUGUCCAGUUGGAGGAAGUUUGCGUUAAGUUUCUAUCGAAAUGUUGCCUUUGUCAUGCCACCAACCAAACGAGGUUAGCGAAAGUGCUGUGCGACGUAAUUUACUUGCAGUCCAACGGCAUAUCGGGAUUCAUGCGUCGAUUGAUACUGCAGCUGUUGCUAGAAAACGAAAAGAUCCCGGUCAGCAUCGAAGCCGACGAAACCCUGUAUAAAAGUUCGAGGCUCGCACAAUCGUACGUUCCCGCUCACCCUGCUUUCAAGCAGACCUACAACCGCGCCAUGCUGAGCCUGAGCACGAAUACGACCCUCCUGGAGAUCCUCGAGCAGCACAUCUUCUUCAACACGUCCUUCAAGUCCGAGUCCGUGCUUAACAAGAAGUCAAAUACGAUCGCGAAAAAAGACAUCUUCAAGUCGUGGUUCGUCGCCGAGGAGCAGGAGAUAAGCAUUGACGCCGCCGUUGCGGCCAAGGACAAACGGGUCAAGGACGCCAAGAACCAGCUGUAUGCAGCAGCCUCCUCCUCUACGCCUCAAUCGAAGAAGAAGAGGUAUACGGCCGAGUCGCCGGCGACUAGUGACGCUAUCGAAGGGCGCGUCAUCAAGUGCGAGACGUUUUCAGAUCAACCACUGCCGCUGACCGUUAAUUUGGGGCAACUCCUGAGACUGAUUGAGUCCAAAGGAGCUACUGUUGAUUGGCCUUAUGUACAUCUUAAAAUAUACCAGUGUAAAAGAUUUAGAAAAAAGAACAGAAAGAAAAAACUAUUGUUUUCACAUAUUUCACUUGUAGAUUGUGACGACAUAUACGAGGACAUUCUAGAAGACAUGGGAGCGGGCCAUUCACAGUCGAAAUCUUCAGUUGUUAUAUCGCAUGUACCCCCUCACUCUUUGACUGCGUUCGGGCUCUUCUUGAGGCUACCGGGGUAUGCUGAGGUGCUGCUGAAGGACAUGAAGAAAGCACUCUACCUUUUGAGACUUGUUCUGGGCGUUACCGAUGAUGGUGAAGGAGGAGACAUUUUCAAUUCUCCAAUAUCAGAUACGUUACCAACUUUGCCGUUUGAGGUGUUGAAAAAGUUAUACGAUGCCACUCCGCUUGGUACAGAUGACGGUAGGCUCUUGAGGAGACUUAGUAUCAACACCGGAGUUGUGCAUCUGCUGCUAGCUUGUUUGGGUAUUUUCACGCAUCAGUCCAAUGCGAAUGGCGACAAAGAUAGCCAGGGCAGUAAGAACAAAGAAGACAGAUCGCAACUUUAUUGGGCUAAAGGAACAGGUUUUGGGACCGGUUCAACCCAGCAGAGUUGGAAUGUGGAGCAGGCCUUGAUGAAGCAAAAGAAUGAAGAGGAACAUGUUACGGUUAUUUUAGAAGUCUUGGCUAGCUAUAUAAACCCGAAUGACGAGGCCGAAGAUGAGCUGUGUGAUAACGUAUUCCCCCAACCGUUUCACGAGCUUCUUAUGCAGAGCGCCCUUUUGCCAGCCGUGUGUUCGUACCUCAGGAAUGAUUCGGUACUGGACAUGGCCAGGCAUAUCCCGUUGUACAGAGCUGUUCUACAGUUAUUGAGAGCCUUGGCUGUCAGUUCGCAGUUAGUUAGUUUAUUGUUACCCCAGAGAAAUAAGGGCGGCGACCCUUCCGUCUGUUCCCUGCUAAGAAAUAUGAAAACGUGUGUAGAUACGUAUGCGUCUAAAUUGAGGAUUAACACUAAGUCAAAAUUGAAAUCCAAAUUGGGCGAACAGUUGGAGGAGCUCGAACAGGGCGAAGGUCUAGCCACACUGAUGCCAGACAUCCAGAAUACUGCCAAUUUGGUUUCGAGGGUGAUGAGUGGUCUGAUGGAUUCCGACAGUCCUUACGACAGUGAGAACUCUUUGGACAAGAAAGUUGUGGUUUCGCUUGAAGAACAGUAUUUAAGGAUAAUGAAAAAUCUGCAGUUCUCUUCCUAUGAGAUGAUAUCUGAAUUGCCGGAGGGCGGGAUAAAAUUUGUGGUGUCGCAUCAUUUUGAAAGCAACGCCAAAUCGACCAGCGAGCAAUCACAUCCUGCUAGAGUGAAGAGGAUAGCACAAGAGGCUGUGACGUUAUCGACUAGUUUACCUUUAAGUUAUAGUAGUUCUGUUUUUGUAAGAUAUGACACUUCGAGGUUGGAUGUUAUGAAGGUACUUAUAACAGGCCCAUCUGACACCCCAUAUGCCAACGGUUGUUUCGAGUUGGAUGUUUUCUUUCCUCCGGACUACCCACUGUCUCCGAUGAUGAUCAACUUGGAAACAACCGGCCACCACACCGUUCGAUUCAACCCUAACCUAUACAAUGACGGUAAAGUGUGCUUAUCGGUGUUGAAUACGUGGCAUGGGAGACCGGAGGAGAAGUGGAACGCCCAAACUUCCAGCUUCUUACAAGUAUUAGUGUCGAUCCAGAGCUUGAUUCUUGUUCCUGAGCCGUACUUCAAUGAACCAGGAUACGAACGAGCUAGAGGAACACCAGCAGGUACAGUCAGUUCUAGAGAAUACAACCUCAACAUCUGCCAAGCUACGGUGCGAUGGGCGAUGCUGGAACAGAUCCUGAAUCCAUGCCCUUGCUUCAAGGAGAUCAUCCACACGCACUUCUAUAUAAAGAGGCACGAAAUCUUAGCACAAGUAGAAAAAUGGAUCAGCGACGUCGAGUUAACAAAGGAGAGGAAAGCGACCAGGGCGAACAAAAAGUCGCCGACGGGUACCUUGGACACCUUCAAAAAAGUGUGUCAACAGUUGAAAGACGCUCUAAUGAAGCUGCGGCCCCCGAGCGAUUUGGAAGAAGAAGACGAAGAGCUGCCGUUGACGCCGACAAACAACAUGGAGGUGGCUAUUGAGGUACAUCAAGUUGACACCGACAGAGAUAUGGAGAAAAUGGUGAAUGACAUGUGCGAAUGAGGAAACAUCAGCAAUUCAUUGCAUUUACUUUUUUAAUUGUAAAUUUGACACUAUACAGUCCACUUUGUUUCAUAGAGCAAUAUUUUAUAUACUUUUGCAAGUAACCAGCGAAACGUUGAUUUUUUUUAAACGUAUACUUCAUUUGGUCAAAGAAAUUGAGUCGUGACUGUAGGGAACUAAGUUACCAGCAUUCGUAUCUUGUGUCAUUGAUUGAUUGAUUUGUUGAUACUGUAAAGUAACUGAAAUAAAUAAAUUAUUCCUCUAAUUUUAAA